AUGACUAAACCAUCGAUUGAUAAUGGUUCAGCUAUUAUUGAAGAUGAUAAAAACAUGUAUAAUUUAACAAAUGCUUCAACAUCAUCUCAACCAUCUCCAAAAUUAAUGAGAAGUGAUUCAACUGUUUCUGUCCCUUAUCUUGAUUUAUCAAAAUUAAUGUUUGCAGCUAAUGAUUUUGAUUUUGGAUUAAAUUUAAAUGAAGUAUCUACAUCAACAAAACAAAAGAUAAAUUCAUUAAAGUUAAAAUCAAAAGAAAGGUAUAAUAAAACAAAUUUAGAAUUUGAUAAAUUACAGGAAAUAUUAAAUCAAAGAUUAAUAAAAUUUGAUGAAAGGAUACACAAGAAUUUAGUUAGUACAAAUACUGAGAAAUUAUUUUAUGCAAUUAGUGUAUUUUUAAUUGCAUUAAGUGGAUUUAUAAUAGGUAAAUAUCCAAUCUAUUUUCCUCAUUUUCAUACUGGUAUAUUUGUUAUUUUAAUGCCAAUCAGAUUUUAUCAAUAUUUUAAACAAAGUUUUCAAUAUUAUUUAGCUGAUUUAUGUUAUUAUGUUAAUUUAUUAUUAAUGUUGUUUAUUUGGGUUUUCCCCCAAUCUCCAACAUUAUUUGUUUCAGUGUUUUCAUUAAGUUUAGGUACUUUAUCAUUUGCAGUUAUAACUUGGAGAAAUUCUUUAGUUUUACAUUCAAUUGAAAAAACAACUAGUUCAUUUAUUCAUAUAAUGCCACCAAUGACAAUGUUUGUAAUGGUACAUGAAUUACCAUCGGAUUAUAUUAAAUUACAUUAUCCUGGUAUAUCAGCGAUUAAUAAUUGGAAUUUUGUUUCAAGUUUAAUUAUAACAUCCAUUUAUUAUACAAUAUGGCAAGUUUCAUAUCAUUAUUUUAUAUCAAUUAGAAAAAAAGAUCAAAUUGAAAAGGGUAAAGUUACAUCAUUUUCAUAUUUAAAGAAAAAGAACAAAUCUACAAGAUUAGGUAAAUUUGUAAAUGGUUUACCAUAUUUAUGGAUGCAAACAUUAGCAUUUACUUUAAUUCAAUUUGGAUAUCAAUUAUUAACAAUGAUGCCAUGUCCAAUAUGGUUUAGAUAUAAAUAUGCAUGUGGAUGUUUUGUUAUAUUUAUAUUUAUAUGGGCAAGUUAUAACGGAGCAACAUAUUAUAUUGAUGUAUUUGGAAAGAAAUUUGAAAAAGAAGUUAAUAAAUUAAAGGCUGAAGUUUAUAAUUUACAACAAGAGAAUGAAAAAUUACAUAGUCCUGAGAAUAAGCCAGUAAAUCCGAAAAAUGAUGAUAUAAAACCAGAACCAUUGUAA